AGAUUUGCAGAUUAAUAUGAAAUACAGAAACACGCCUUGUCGCUUGGAGACAAAAAUUAUCCACUUUGUGAUGAAUAAGCUUGUCUGAGUUGGCUCGCUGUUUUCGUUUGCUAAUAACAAGCUAGCAUGCUACACUUGGUCUUUUGAUGAGAUUUUGAUUGUUCAAUUUAAAUAUGAACUUUCUGUAAAGAAGUGAUAGAACGAUAUAAACACGGAUAAGAGGGUUAAUGUUCGCGGUCGCAGCAGCAUAUCUAAAUACAAACGUAGGCUUUUCGCCAACUGCAUCUCACAAACUACGUUUCAACAGUUGAACAAGUCUGAAGUUGAUGCCAGUCGUAAAGUUAUGUACACGUUGACACAACAAACAAGAAGAGGGAAUGGCAGACAGUCGGGUUGCGUUUGAACAUGACGGUGUUUUCAUCCACACAAACCCGGACAGACAAGAUGAGCAAGAUUCCCUCAUUUCAGGAUGUUUGCGUGUGAUCGAAAAGGAUGGGGAUGUUGUGGUUGAGUUUAAACAGUUUGAAGAUGUUGCUGACCCCUCCAACAUGCUGUGUCCUAACAAGGACUCCAGCUCGGUGGUGGAGUGGAAACACACUGUACGACCACCCAGGCCUCUUGAGCCCCAGCUCAGCUGUGAGACGGAGUGGGAUAUGGUCAAUGCCGUCCACUUCCGCAAGAGGUCCACUUCCACUUCCAAUGGGGAAGCUCCUGCGGAUGCUUCCCCCCCCAUGGCCGAGAGAAGGAGUGGCUGCCUGAGCUUCAGCGUGGGUGACCUGAUCUCCAUCAAAGUGCGUCAUGAGAGCUGGACCUACCUGCACUUCAAUCUGAAGGAGGACAUACCUGUACCGGCGCUCCACUUCCAUCAGGGCGGCGCUGAAGCACUGCUGGCCUGCCUCCGCCGCUACGUACUCCUGACUGAGUCACCCUUUGAUUCGCUGCUGCUGACCGUGGGCCACCACAGUAGGGCACUCUCACAGUCCUUUGAGAACCUGCUGGACGACACCACCUUCGGCCUCAUACAGAAGUUUCGGAGGGACCCAUACACCACCACGCUGGGGGGCUUCUCCAAGGUCACCAACUACCUGUUUGACGCGCUCCGAGGGGGGGAGUCGGAGCCGCAGCAGCGGGAGCCGCAGGACAUGGCCGACCUGCUGAGCGAGGUCAUCCCCGGCCUGGAUAUCAACCCGCAGGACGAGAUGGGGUUCGAAGUCAUCACCAGGGUGGAUCUUGGCGAGAGGCCACAGGUGCGGCGGGAAGCUCCGGUCUCACGGGAGGAGUGGGUGGGGUUUUUGGACCCAGAGGGGCGUGUCCUUGACCCCCAGCACCUCCAACAACGCAUCUUCAAAGGGGGUGUGUGCCAUUCGUUGAGGAAGGAGGCCUGGAAGUUUCUGCUGGAGUAUUACCCAUGGGGCAGCACACAGGAAAUGAGGCGGAGUCUGCAAAGAAGCAAAACGGAUGAGUACUUUCGUAUGAAGCUGCAGUGGAAGUCCGUCAGUGAGGAGCAGGAGAAGAGGAACGCCAAGCUGAGGGACCACAGGAGUCUAAUAGAAAAGGACGUGAACAGAACAGACCGGACCAACCCUUUCUACGAGGGCGAUGACAACCCUGGCCUGAUCCUCCUGCACGACGUCCUUAUGACCUACUGCAUGUACGACUUCGACCUGGGGUACGUCCAGGGCAUGAGCGAUCUGCUCUCGCCCGUCCUCUACGUGAUGGAGAACGAAGUGGACGCCUUCUGGUGCUUCGUGUCCUUCAUGGAUCAGAUGCACCAGAACUUUGAGGAGCACAUGCAAGGCAUGAAGACCCAGCUGAUUCAGCUCAGCACCCUGCUCCGCCUGCUGGACCCUGCCUUCUGGCACUACCUUGAAUUGCAGGACUCCGGCUACCUGUACUUCUGUUUCCGCUGGCUUCUGAUUCGCUUCAAGCGGGAGCUCAGCUUCCACGACGUGCUGCGACUGUGGGAGGUGAUGUGGACAGGUCUGCCCUGCCAGAACUUCCAUCUGCUGGUGUGCUGCGCCAUCUUGGACGCGGAGAAGCAGAAGAUUAUGCAGGAGCGCUACGGCUUCAACGAGAUCCUCAAGCACAUAAACGAGCUCUCCAUGAAGCUGAACAUCGAGGAAAUCCUCCGCAAAGCCGAAGCCAUCUGCCUCCAGCUGAAAAACUGCAAGGGCCUGCCCACCGCUGUGGCUGAGAUUCUGGGCUUCAGCAGUGGGGAACCGGACCCAGAUGACCCAGCAGGAGGAGCAGAGGCAGCCGGCGGAACCAGAACCAGUCCUGGAGCGGAACUUGGAUCCGGACUCGGACCUGGACCUGGACCUAGACCUAGAGCUGAAGAUGGAGCAGGAGCUGGGGCUGGGGCAGGAGCACCGGCGUCGGUGGAGCCAGGAGAGGAGGACGUGUUGGGCAGGGAGACCCCCGAGCCCUUCAGCCCGUCUCAGGUGCUGCUGUCCGAGCCCAGAUUCAGCCCCUCACGCAACGGACAUAUCCGCCAGGCCGCACCGGACGCCUACAAGCUGACCUACCUCUCGUAGCCUCAGUGCCAUUCUCUCUCUCUCUCUCACACACACACACACACACACACACACACACACACACGCAAACACACUCAC